UUAAUAUUUAUGUGGAUUUUCGAUAUCACAGUUGCUAAUAAAUUUACAUUUUACAGUUCCCGUUAAAACUGUCUCUUUACAAGAACCUUACCAGGAGUAUAUGCAGGAAAAUGAAAAUCAAGUGAUCACGUGCAACUCUUCUGCUGGCCGGCCAGAUCCGAUUGUAAAAUGGUAUCUACGCAAUCCUAGAGAAAAUAAUAAAUAUCAACUCACACAAUUUUCAAGCAGCACAAUUAUACCAGGGGAUCAUGAUCUUAACGCUGUCGUGAGUACUUUGAACUUCAAGCCAAAUAGAACGAUAAAUGAAUGGCGCCUUUAUUGUGAAGUUUGGACUAGAACUUCGGAAGCAGAUAUAACUAGCAAAGAGAUAACUGUUAAUGUGUCCUAUCCCCCUGAAAAUCUUCCAAUAAUACAAGGAAUCGAUACCAACAGCAUUUUGCCAGUAAUUGAAUCAGAGUCGGGUACAUUUAUCUGUUCUAUAACCGGUGGAAAUCCACCUGCGUCUUUGAGAUGGAACUGUUUUGGAAGCACUUACAUGACAUAUGAUAUCCAUGAAAACAAUCGUGUAACAAGCACAGUAAAUUGGAAGGCGAAUCGUUAUCAGAAUAAAUGCUCUUGCAUAUCAGAACAUAUAGACAACUGGAAAAGAAUAAUAAACGUUACUUUCAACGUACAGUAUCCUCCAGCAAAACCGACGAUAAAGAUUGGACACGUUAUUAUUGUUGAAGAAGUUCGUGUUAUAAGGUAUAAAUCGUUGCGUGUGAUCUGCGAAAGCAAGAGUAACCCAUCUUCUAACUACUUUUGGACUGGUCCAGGCACAUCUGAUAAAGUCGGUUAUACAUUAGACAUAGCAAGCGUUAAUAUCUUGGAUCAGGGUGAAUAUAAAUGCCAGGCGUCCAAUAAGAUGGAAAGAAUGGACAAUUCUUACAUAGUCGGAAGCAAUGGAUCAUCAUUUAAUUUAACUACUCUAUAUUUUUCCGGAACUCCAACGUUUAGGUUUGAAGGCAUGAAAGGUCAGGUUAUUGAAGCAAAUAACUUAAAAGUAGUGAGAAAUGAUGCAUUUUCAAUAUACUGUGAUGUUAAAGGAAAUCCUACUCCUAACGUAACGUGGGAUACAGGACACCAAGGUCCUAAUUUAGACAUUUCCUCAGUUUACUCGGACAUAAAUAGAACAUGUACAGCAACAAACGUGAUGAGAGAAACUGCAAGUGAACUGGAAAUGAGGGCAAUGUCGACGAAUUCACUUUUAAUUGAAGUAUUUUGUAUGUCAUUACCUUUACAAUUAUUUUUAAAAAAUUAUACAAAAAAAAUUAACUGAACAAUGCAUUUUGAA